AUGAAAUGGCAGGCGCCGAUCUAUCCGGGCGAUACCCCUCUCGACCAUCCUCGUGAGGAGUGUGGAGUCGUGGGCGUUUAUGCCCCGGAUUCGCACAGUGCCACGUUGGUGUCCAUCGGCCUGUUCGCGUUGCAGCAUCGCGGCCAGGAAUCGGCCGGCGUGGCCGCAGCCGACCAACGUCAGAUCAGGAUGCACACCGGCAUGGGCCUGGUAUCGGAGGCCUUCCGGGAUGGCGACAUUGACGGCAUUACGGGCGGCUUGGCAAUCGGCCACACCCGGUACUCCACCACCGGCGCCAGCCGUAGCGCGAACGCCCAACCGCUGCUUGUCGACGGAUUGAAUGGCCCGUUGGCGGUGGCCCACAACGGCAACAUCAUCAACGCCAGACAGCUGCGCGAGCAAAUUCAAGCCCAGUGGGAUUGCACCUUCCAGACCAGCACUGACAGCGAGGUCGUAGCGCAUCUGCUGGCUAACGCCCCUGGCGAGAAUUGGCCGGAAAGGGUUUUCCACGCCAUGGCCCGAAUGCAGGGGGCGUUCUCCCUGGCCUUGCUGACGCCGGAUGCAAUCAUCGCAGUUCGCGAUCCCUUGGGCAUUCGUCCGCUGUGCCUUGGCCGACUUGAAAAUGGUUGGGUCGUCGCUUCAGAGACCUGCGCCCUGGACCACAUGCAGGCGGAGUUCACCCGUGAACUCGAGCCCGGCGAGGUGGUCGUGAUCAGCGCCGACGGCGUGCAGGCCGCGAUCUACCAGGACUCCGCCCGCCGGGGUCGCGCGCUGUGCGUGUUCGAAUGGAUUUAUUUCGCCAGGCCGGACAGCGUCAUGGAUGGCCAGCUCAUGCACACCGCGCGGGAGGACAUGGGCGCUCAAUUGGCCCGGGAACAUCCCGUCGAUGCGGACCUGGUGAUUGGCAUCCCCGACUCGUCCACAUCCGCCGCCGUGGGCUUCGCCCGCGAAUCCGGCAUUCCCUUCGCCAACGGGUUGGUUCGUAACCGUUACGUCGGACGCACCUUCAUCGAACCCGAGCAGCAGCGACGCGACCGCGGGGUCCGCCAGAAGUUCAACCCCAUGCCCGCGGUCAUCGGCGGCAAACGCCUCGUGGUGGUGGACGAUAGCAUCGUCCGCGGCACCACUACACCUCACGUCGUGGACCUCCUCCGCCGCGCCGGCGCGGCCGAAAUACACCUCCGCGUGUGCGCCCCGCCCAUCAAGCAUCCCUGCUAUCUCGGUGUGGACAUGGCGACCCGCGGUGAGCUGAUCGCUGCUAACAUGACCAUACCCGAAAUCCGCGAGUUGACCGGCGCCGAUUCGUUGGGUUACCUCAGCGUUCGCGGCUUGAUGGACCUGGUUCACGGGCAGCGGGGUGGGUUCUGCGACGCCUGUUUCACCGGCAACUAUCCGGUCCCGGUGCAGCUGGAACUGACUAAACAGUCCCUGGAACGGGCCGGCACCUGA